AGAAAGAGAAAGACCCCAAGUACUGGCGAGACCAAGCUCAGCAGACCCUGAAAAAUGCCCUGGGGCUUCAGAAGCUCAACACCAACGUGGCUAAGAAUGUCAUCAUGUUCCUGGGAGACGGGAUGGGCGUAUCCACGGUGACAGCCGCCCGCAUCCUCAAGGGUCAGCUCCACCACAACCCUGGGGAGGAGACCACGCUGGAGAUGGACAAGUUCCCCUUUGUGGCCCUCUCUAAGACAUACAACACCAAUGCUCAGGUCCCCGACAGUGCAGGCACUGCCACCGCCUACUUGUGUGGGGUGAAGGCCAAUGAGGGCACCGUGGGGGUGAGCGCGGCGACUGAGCGCUCCCUCUGCAACACAACUCAGGGGAACGAGGUCACCUCCAUCCUGCGCUGGGCCAAGGAUGCCGGGAAAUCUGUGGGCAUUGUGACAACCACACGAGUGAACCACGCCACCCCCAGCGCCGCCUACGCCCACUCAGCUGACCGGGACUGGUACUCAGACAAUGAGAUGCCCCCUGAGGCUCUGAGCCAGGGCUGCAAGGACAUCGCCUACCAGCUCAUGCACAACAUCAGGGACAUUGAU